GUAGAUUCACACCAAUAGUUUCAUCUCACCCAGAAAAGUACUUCGGACCAUGGCUGGCUACGGGAUAAGAUGCUACGGAAGUUGGACUGGACCCAAAUGGAAAAGGUCUUCAUGACUAUCCAUGCUAGAAACCGGCAUUGGGUUUUAGCAGUGAUUGAUUUCCCCAAUGCAACUAUUUGGGUAUAUGAUUCGUUGAAGGGUGCACAGAGCAAAUCCUAUGUGCGUCCAAUCCUUGAAAGACUACCUCUCCUUUUCGAACUGUCAAAACUACCGAGCAACAGAGACGUACUCAAGCAUGGGCAGUGGAGCUCCCCAAGGAUGUGCUCCAGCAGUCUGAUGGAAAUGCGUGUGGCGUUAUGAUACUUGCAUUUGCGGAGUACCUAUUGGCUGGUUUGCCUCUACUUCCUGACUACACGUACGAACAUGUGGACGACUUCCGUAGGCAAUACGCAGCACGUAUAUAUCGGAAGAUAGUGGCCUAAAGCUUGUGGAAUAUAUAUAUUUUUUAUUACACAACUAUGACGGCUUAUCUCACCUUGCUAAUAUAUGAAAGGCAUUUUU